UCCCCGACAUUCUAAUUUAUUGAGACGCACCUGUAUAUUUUAAGGCUUUUUGCAUGCAAACGAAUGUAACGCGACACUAAACGCCACCUCUCGGCGGCGGUAUGGAGCACGACCCGAAUGUAUGGGCUGUUUAUAGCAGAAGAAGAUGCUAAGUAGCAAUGUUACUAGACUAAACAUAGAUGCUAAGUCGACAUGUUACCUGAAUCUGAUAUAUAGCAUUUUAGAUAGAAGAAAGAAGAAAAGGUUAUAAGAAUAUAAAAUGGCGAAUGACGAGGCGCUGAAGUCUCUCAUGUUAACGCUAAGCUACAUGCUAAUGAAACGGCGCAGGGACAUAAACAAUGCAGAGACACAGAGACGACGUGAGGUUCAAAGACGUGUCAGACACAGACAAUAUUUUCUACAGAGACAAAGAAGGAUGAUUAUGAUGCUUAUAGCUCAAGGCACACGUCCCAUCACUGUGGCACGCACUCGUGCUUGGUCCAACACGCCAAGCACUGAUUGGUGGGAGCGAGUAGCCCUAACAGAGUUCCAGCCCUCUGAUUGGUUGGAGCGGUUCCGUAUGAGCAAAGAGACCUUCUUUCACCUUUGCAACAAGCUGAAACCGUGGUUGGCGCGACAGGACACAUGUCUGCGCCCCGCUCUGCCUCUUGAGAAGCGUGUUGCCUUAGUGCUGUGGCGUCUGGCUUCAAACGUCGAGUACCGCACGAUUGGAGAGCUGUUCGGUGUGGGACGCUCGACUGUCUGCAAGUGCGUACGUGAGGUGUGCCAUGCAAUUGGAGCCACGCUGCGCCCACUGUACCUCCGUGAGCCAAGUGAGCAAGAGCUGGAAGACGCUGUACGCCUGUUUAGCACUCGCUGGGGCUUUCCACACUGUGUGGGUGCCGUCAGCAGCCUUCAUGUACCCAUUAUCGCACCAGCCACUGAUGCUGAUAGCUACUGGAACAGCCGUGGAUGGCAUUCAGUCAUUACCCAAGGUGCAGUUAAUGGCCUCGGGCAGUUCUGGGAUGUGUGUGCAGGCUUCCCAGGAGGCUCAGAUCCUGUAUCAAUUCUGCAAAACUCAUCUCUCUGGACUCUGGGGUGUGAGGGUAGGCUAUUGCCCCAGUCUCUACCUCGAAACUUUAUGGGCAAGCAGUUGGGUUCUGUAGUUCUGGGGGAUGCUGGAUAUCCUCUUCAGUCCUGGUUACUGAAAGCCUAUGACAAGUUGGACAGUCUCACGGCUGAGCAGCAUGCCUUCAACCGGCGCCUGGAGAGAGCACACGCAAUUGUGGAUGAGGCAUUCUUGAGGCUCAGGGCACGCUGGCAGUGCCUGUUAAAGAGGAACGAUUGUCACGUAGAUGGGGUGCCAGCCAUGAUCGUGGCAUGCUGCGUGUUACACAAUAUGUGCGAGGUGCACGGUGACGAGUUGGCAGAGGAAUGGUUAGAGGCAGCGAGGCGGGAGGAGAGCCCCAUGCCCACUCACAUGGCGCCCAUCUUGGACGACGAUCCAGCCGGGGAGGAAGUGCGAGAACUCUACUGCCAAUAUUUCUUACAGCAGGAGCAUCAGCAGAACCAGCAAGAGACACAGGAACAGUAAAACAUUCGUAUUCUACUGAAUUGUUAACGCUGGAGAUUAACAACAUUUACUAGAUGCUCUUAUUCAGAGGGACUUACAGAAGUGCAUUGGUGCAACAGGGUGAUGUGGGUGAACUCAUUGUGAUUGAACACCAACACCAUGUUGUGUUUUUUCCUAAAUUUUUAGAAUUUUAAAUCUGCUGUACUGUGAAUAUUUUGUACUACAGUAGAGUUACAGGACUGAAGAGGAACUUUCUUUCCAUCACUUUUUAGACCAGGUUUACAUUUGUGCUUAAUAACAUCAUUUAAAAAAAAAAAAGCCCCAAAAUCACAAAUUUACUACAUAGCCUGCUGUGGUGUGGUGUUCAUAAUAUUUUAAUUAUUGCUUAUUAUAUAAAAUGAGUCAUGGUAAUAGGAACUAUUAUCGUGAUGUAAUAUGAUAAAAUUUAUUAACAUAUAUAUUUGUUUUGGUAGGUCACAAGGAAAAGUCAGAAAUCUCAGUCUACUUUUAAUUAAUACAGCAUAAAAGAUUCAUAAAAGAUUAAUACAGAAUAAUAGCGGCUCUGAGAUACAGUCAAAAUCAAAACAGUGUCAAAUGUGUAAUUAUAUUUUGUGGGCUUGAAUAAAUAAAUGUAAUUCAUAUAGCAAA